AUGAAAUCUCCUCUUGAACAGCGAAAUUGGGCUUGUAUUGCUUUAUGUGAAAUUAUUAAUUCACCGGAUGUAUAUAAAAAACAUUCCAAUGAUAUUUGGACAAUUCAAGAUCAAAAUUUAAUUUGUACCAGAUUUAUAUUUUUUUUUGCAAGAGGAGUAGCUCAUACUAAUAUUCGGGUUGAUUCCGAACCAGAAGCAUCAUCAAUAAGAGAGCUGAUUCAUGUAUUAAAUAAUAUUGCUUGCUAA